ACUAGAACGUAUUUUAGUAUACCAGUCAUUAGACAAGGGACAACUUAAGUGGUAAAGUCUUAGGAUUGUACACUGUAAUUUGUAAUGGAUCGAUAUUUGACAAGAACUCCUCGAGAAAGGCCAGAGAAAGAAUUAAUUCGAUCACCAUCAUUAGUGAUGCUUAAACAAAGUACAAUACAUUCAUUAAAGGUUGUUGUUAUAAAUGUUUAAAUCAUCUAUCAUCUACGUUUUUAAUAUUAAUGAAAUGUGUCAUGAUGAUCUGAUGUCAAACUAUUUAACUAUAACUAUAACUUAAAUAGCUAUGUAAUAAUUUAUACUAUUAGACUAAUAAUAGUCUAUACCAGUCACCACCAGUGUUUCCCAACGUGGGUUCCAUGCCCCACACGGGGCAAUUCGAAAAUGAGCUGGCUAGAGUUUGAAAACUAUGACUAUGAUCUAACUUGUAUUUUAAAAUAAAAAUUCAAAGGAGAAUACUUAGUCUCAAGUUACUAAAAUAAUCAUAAUCAUAAAUCAUGGGCAAAAAGUUAAAGCGACCCGCGAACUUAUGUCCUAAAUGUAUCCCUAAACCUAACCUGUACCCUAAAUCUAUCCCUAAACCUAACCUGAACCCUAAACUUAUCCCUAACCUGGGUUUUGACCCUAUCAGAACCAGGGUUUUGACCCUAUCAGAACCAGGGUUUUGACCCUAUCAGAACCAGGGUUUUGACCCUAUCGGAACCAGGGAUAAAACAGGCAAAUGACUUCAGAGUCAGAGUGCUAUCUCUUCAAUUUAUAUAUCAAGCAUAGGCCUAGUAAAAUGUAGGGCUUGAUUUAUUUUUAAUCCACUUACUCAGUGACUCAGUGGCAUAGCUAGGGUUGAUGUCACCAAUGCGGUAAACUCAUGGUGUCAUCCCCCUCCCCAUGACUUUCAUGAUGGAUUUUUUCUUGUUAAAAUAAGUCCACAAUAUAACAAUGACAAGAAAAAAACAUUAUUUUAAUGUCAGGAGGUAAAUGUAUUUAAGAACGGUAACAACAUUAAGUUAUAGUUAUUUUUACAUUAAAUUUACUUAAUUUGUAAUUUUCCUCUCGUGGUCUACAAAGCUGCAAUCCUGUCAAACACUUGAUCAAAAUCAAUAUCCUUCACAGUAUUACUUUUAAUUGAUAGUAGAUCCAGAUCAGAAAGCCUUGAUUGUCGUAUGGUGGAUAGUAAAUAGUUCUUGAUGAACCUUAGUUUUGAAAAGCUCCGCUAAGCCACAGAAACUGAGAUCUAGGAAGUCCCAUUCAGCUAUGAAUUUUAAAACAUCAAAUACUGACCUGUCCAUGACUUUGUGACAUUCAAAAAUGAACUGCCUUUACUUUAAGUGUCUUCUAAGCCUUGGUACUUCUUUUAAAAGUUCAUCUUCUUGUAACUCAUUAUAGAAAAAGGUUAAUUGUAAGUAUAUCUCCUACUUCAAUGAUCACUGAAUAUCUGAUCUGGAAUUCAAAAUGAAAGCGAUCAAUACACUCCAGCAUUUACCUACUUAAUUUCUUGCAGAGAUAGUCCAGCAUUUAUUAUUGUUCUUCUGCCAUUCUCUUCUCACCAUUAAUCUUCUCUCUAACGAAAUUCCACAAUGGGUUUAGUUUUAUGUUAAAAGUGCCUUUUCAAUAGUAUGUUCCACCAAGUGACUGCGUUUUUCGUGCAGAUAGAGUCUUAAGGCCUCUGGGUUGGUUACCACUUUGUCAAGAGUAAAGUCUUUAGUCUGCAGAUACUGCUGUGUAAGAUAAACUUCCUCAAGUAGAUAAGCCCAAAGGUAAAGGUAGCAGAUAAACGGGAAAUCACAGACUGCAUGUAAAAGACCUUUAGCUGUACCUCUUGUAUCCUAAUUUUCAAGAUGAUCACAUAUUCAUAUAGCUUCAAUCACCGCUACACAUUUAUCAAACUUAUCUUUCACUGUUUACCAACAGCAUAAUGAGCACUCCAACGUGUUGUUGACAGUCUUUUCACAGAUAUUCCAGUGUGUUCAAUUAGAACAUCCCAUUGAUAAGAGGAUGCAGCAGAGAAAGAAAAUAUUCUCUUAAUAAUACCGAAAAAUGUAAUACAUGAAGCAUUUUCAGCAAAAAGAGUGUCACUUACGAAAGCUACCGAACACUUUAAUCGGUGUUGAAUAAUGGUCAAAACUAUGUUUUUUCUGACAUAAUCAUAGGGUCACCUAGUUUCUGACACAUCAACCUUGAACUUUUAAUACAGCACGCAUUUGGAUUGGUUACAAGUGUAAAAAAAGUUACGUUGUGUUCGGUUAUCCUCUUGUGAAAUUCUGUUAGACUGAGAAAUAUGUGCUCUGUAAAUAUACAAACUUUCAAUUUUUUGUCACUCCCUGAGAUGGUGUCACCUUGUGCAGUCGGCACCCCCCAGAGACGCCACUGUUAGAGCUAUUUAUAGUUUAUAGUAUAACACUUGUCUGCACUAGUAUAGUUUAUAGCUUAUUUUUCACUUCAACACAGUUAUUUUUAGCCACCACAACUGUCUGCUAGUAGAACGGCCUUGAAAUUUAAUGAAAUCGAAGUCAAUGUGUAACUGAUACCCUCCUAUGUCCUGUCAGGUGACAACAGUUUGUUUACAUUCAAAUACAUUCUUCCAUUUGUUCUCCAGAAUGCCAAUGGGGGACGCCGAAGUAAUAUCUGGAUGUUUCUUUACUAGAAGAAAGUUCAGAUUUAAUUCCUAUUUAAAGCUACCAGGUUUCCUAGUAGUUUGAGCAUUGUUCCUUUAAUUUCCAAUUGCUGUAAGUCGAUACCAGUACACUUUUUGCUUUUGUACUCGCAUUUGAAAUAAAACUCAUUUCAAUGCAAAAGCGAAGAUAUUUGGUUUCAUUACAUUUAUUUCAUUAUGGCAGAAAUAUGUUUGUAACAAAAAUUGUGAAAAGUUUCAUUGGUUCAAAAAAUGUGAAGUGACCGCUAUACUUGCUAAUGCUAGUGUGGAUCAUCUAAAAAAUUUAUUAGCUCAUUUAGAAGAAAGAUUUUUUAUUAAAAACAAAUUGAUUUUCCAACUUGGAUGAUGCAGCCAAUGUUAGUGGAUUUACCGGUAUCUGAAAUUUCAAUAAUGCAGCAUCAAGGAGAACUGGCAGAAAUGCAAAAUGAUGAGUCUGUUAAAACUUAAUUUAAUAUAAAAUAAAAGGAGCAAAGGCAUGGCUUAAUAAGGAAACAGAAAUCAAAUAUCCAAAUUCAAUAAAUGUGCAUGACAGCUAUUGUUACAGUUAGUUUCCAUCUUCAUAUUUAGCUAAAUGUAGAAGUGCCAUAAGUGAUUUGCUUUUAAAAAAAAAUAUGCUGAAUUAACACAGCGGGGAGACUUGAGACUGAAGCUAUCUAAAUUGGAGCCUAACAUAAAAUCUCUUUUCAGCAAGCAUCAAGCGCAAGUUUCUCAUUACAUUAGUCAUUUCACACUGUAUUUGUGAUCUCACCUUGUAUUGUGAACUCAUACUGUGUGAUGUCACACUGUUUUUAUGAUCUCUACUGUUUUUGUGAUCUCACACUGCUGUAUUUGUGAUCUCUCAUUGUAUUUUAAAAUGAUUAAAUAGUGAAUAAAUGAAAUAAUAAAUAAUUAAAAUACUUUAGGAAAAUCUUUCAUUUUGUACUUGAAUUUCAGUGCUCCAUUAUAUGUUUUGAAAAUUUACUUGCUGUCUUUCCUUAAUUUCUUCUUUCUUAAACCUAUCAUUUAGUUUUCAUUCAGUUAACAAUUCAAUUUUUGAAUACCGGUAUUGAAAAGGCUUAGGUGGGGAUGGCACAAAAAAGUUUGGGGGAAACAUUGGUCUAUACUAUUAUUAUAGAACAUAAUAGUAAUAUGUAAAAUUAUUAUAUCUAAAUAUAGUAAAUAAUAGUGUAUAGAAUAGUAAUAGUUGUCCUAUUAGUCUUAGAUACCAGUUAAGUAAAUAAUAGUAAAGUAUAGUAUUGUAUAGUAAACAGUAAUAUAAUAGUUACCCGGUAUCCUAUUAGAUUCUGCAAUGUUUGGGAUCACACAACAAGCCUAACAGUCAGUAAGACAUACAAGUGAAGUACUGUGAAGUGCAGCCACUAUAGUAUACAGGCUACAUAUAACAUUACACUUCUUUGGAAGAUUUUCACACAUUUGUGUCAAAAUUUAGAGACCUUCGUCCUCAUGGUACAUCAUCAUAAAUUCAUGACCUCCUUACCGCCCUAUUUUGUUAAAGUAGGACUUGACUUAUAGGUUAGUGUUCAUUCUACACCAAAGUCUGGUGUUAGUACUUUAUAUAAAUUUUGAUUUUCAGCACAGAUUGGACUUGUUGAGGCAUGGCUUGCUAGAGUAAACACCUAUAAAAUUUUGACUGGCAUUGCAACCAGGGUAGAAUAAUAAUACAAGAUAUGAAGGUGAAUUGUCAUUGACAAUCUCUCCUCCAGUGGGUAUAUCAAGGAUUUAGUUAAAGAUUAAUUAUUAUAGCUCUUUCCCAAAACUUCUCAGGACAUCAGUAGUUAGGGCUACCAGACGUCUGUAUUUAUUUGUAUUCUCCACCCCUUGUCCGUACUAAAUUUUGCAUCUAUAUUUGUCCAUACUUUCCACUCGUCAUCCAGCUUGUCCGUACUUUUGGCAGCGACGACUUAAUUGCCUUAUUUUCAUUUAAUUUUUUUCAUCUUAUUUCUCCGCAAAGGUCAGUGCAAUGAAUAGUUUCAGUGCAAUGAUGUGGAACAUUUCUCGUUAACCUAAGUCUUACUGCUGCACCUGCAUAAAAAUGCGUGAGACUAUCUGCGCAUGUAAAUAAAAUCGUCCCAGGGAAAAUUGUUAAUAGUAAUUUCUUUGAUAAGUUAACUUAUGUGAAACAAUUUUUUCACCAGUUAAGCCGGAAGAAUGGAACUCGCAAAACAUUUGUGUAGAUCAAAUAAAUGAAUGCAAAUAUUUGAACAUUUCAAAGCAAAUGAUAUAAUUUCUGUACAAUUGCAACUACUGCUUAAAUUUUCAUUCAGCCUUUCUGGCCCAUAACCACCUAUAGAGCGAGCUUUCUCUCGGGUAAACAUUGUUUGGACGCUUUAUAAAUCGCAGCUGAAAGUAACCACUUUGAGAUAUAUUUUGAUUGUUCGGUGUAACAUUGAUUUAAAAAUUACUAACGUGUCGUCAAUUUUAAGAUAUGAUUCUUUAGAAUCAUAUUUUGUUAAAAGCUAUUUGCAGUACUGCAAAAUAUUCUCAAUAGUUUGUAACAAAAUGGUAUAGAGAAUAUUAAAAAUCAUUUGCAACACCUUUUGUUGUUUUUUUGCCUCUGGCUGCUGUGAGCCUUUGGGUCUGUAUUUGGCAUCCAGAAAAUCUGGUUAGCUUACUUUGUAUCCGUACUUGGCACCGAAAAAUCUGGUAAGCUUACAGUAGUCAAUGUUGGAGGAUUUGAAUAGUGUUGAUGCAUUCACUGAUAAUUGCAGUACAAUGUGAUUUCAAUUACUUGAGCUCAAAUAUUUGUGGUCAACAUUUUCUGGUACAUAAAAUGUGCUGUUUCUUGCUGUCCUUUCACAACUAUUAUUAGCCAUUAAAAUUCUUUAUUAUUUAAUAAUUUUUGUGACCCACACAUUGUAACAUAUUCAUGAAUUAAUCGGUGCCUCGUGUAUUCUGACAAUAUAGCUGGUUCAAAUAUGGAUAAUAAAAUGCUUUUGAUUUGUUGCAGAGAGUUGUUGUCAUAGAAGACAUAGAAAGACUGAAGUCAAAAUUAAAAUUACCUAACCAGAGCAAACCAAUUAUACUGGAGUCUUUGAGAGAGCUAGGGAAAAAAAUACCACCUCGGAAUGUGCUACAAUCAACAAAAAUUGGUAUGUAAAAUAGUUUUCUUUUAAUAAAUAUAUUAUGAUGUAUGGAAACAGAUUAGAUAAUUUUAAAUUUCUUUGUUUGAAUAUAAAUAUAAAGUAUAAUUUAAGUAUAACCACAUUUAAUUUCUUCUUCUGUUUUAUUGAAAUCAUUGUAGUUGUAUUGUAAUUCUAGCAUUUCGUGUACGUUUUCCCCUUUGAAUAAGAUCUCAUGCACACAAAAAAAUUGUAUUGAAUAUUCAGCUUUGUUUUUCUUUUGUAACUAGGUUUCACUGUAAGAAAAUUGAGAAGGCAUGAAGAUGAGGAGAUAGCCACUGAAGCUAAACGGAUUUUCACAAAAUGGCGGAGUUUCUUUCAAGAUUGUUUAGAGAAGCCACAAAUUGAAGUUAAGUGUGAUAAAAAGACUGAAACCAGGAGACUACGUGGCAAAACAUUGUUGGCUGAAACACUUGGAGUGGAGGUAAAUUCUAUUGACAUGUAUUAUUUACCCCUACAAUAAAAAUACAAGAAACAAACACAAUGGUAACAAUAAAUUUUUAUAAAAAUACAUUUUCAUUGAUAUAAAAUUAACAUAAUGAUAAAUGUUUAAAAUAAUGUGUAAAAUUAACAUAAUGAUAAAUGUUUAAAAUAAUGUGUAUUUAAAAAAAUUGUACUCUUAGGCAGGACAUGAACUUGUUGAAGCCAUUGAAAGAGAAACGUUCCAUCGACAUAAAAGACUGAUCAGCAACUCCUACAAAAGGACAAUUAGAACCAUGAUUUUGAAAUUAAAGCAUUCAGAAGACCUGAGAAAUUCAGUUUUGAAUGGACACCUGCCCGUGGAAGACUUUGUUGAAGAGUAUAACAAAAGAUAAUCUCAAUGUAUUUUCUGAUAUUAGUAUUAGUGAAGAUGUGUAGAUGUGUAAAUAAAAAGUUGAAGCUAACAUGAGUAUUGUGAAAAAGAAAAUAUAUUGCAAUGAUUUUGUAAGUUGAUUAAAACUAGGAAAAGGGUAUCUUUUAUAACUACUUAAAACAGAUAAGGUGAAUAAAAAAUAUGUAUAAAUAUACUUUUUUAAUGUCGCUUUGAAAAUGCCAUAAAUAUUCCAGGUUAAAAUUUUAAUUUAAAGUUAUUCCUUCAAAUUUAAAAAUGAUAUUUAAAAAUUUUCUUGGUACAUGUCGUCUCUUAAAAUAAAUAUUAAUUGAAUGUACUUAGUUCAUUUCAUAAUUUUUAUUCUAUUGAAUGUAUUUAUUAUUCUUACUGGCAUUGCAACUUUAUAUUAUUCAAUUUUAAAUUGCUGGUGGCAGUUUACUUAUACUUUUAACAGCAUAGAACUUAAUUAUUACAUUUGUUAUGCAUUGCUCUCUUUAUUUUACUGUACAAAACUAAAGCUACCAGUUAUCAGGCUUUUUCUACAGAGCAUACACCAAGUGGAUUUUAAAGGGGUGGAAAGCGUUGGAAAGGGCAGCAAUUGUUAAAAAUAAUACAUUUAAAAUCUUGAAUUUUAUUUGUGUGGGGCAGAGGUGGCAAGGUAUGUUAUUGAAAGGUGCAGUGAAUUUCCUAGGGCCAGCCCAGGCAGCUAUGUGUUUGAUAUGGACUUUCAGUUACCAACAGAUAUUAAGCACCUCAAGUAUUAAUUAUUAAGUAAAUUUAUGCUUACCACGUGUUUAAGUACCGGGUAUGUUAAAGUCUCUACAAAAUGUUUUACAAGUUUUGACAAUAAAUCUUUUUAAAAAGUCUGUGCAAGUCUUAAUUUCUGAUUGUUUUAUUUUAACAAAUAAAUAGUUGUCCAGUGACAUAAAUUUAAAA